AUGAGCAAUUUAGCUUGGAACAAUCCAGAGCAACCAGCCUACAGCCCAUUUUUUGGAUAUAUGGGAGCAGCAUCAGCUCAAAUUUUCACUGUAUUUGGAGCUGCUUAUGGCACAGCCAAAUCUGCGGUUGGCAUAUCAUCUAUGGGAGUUAUGAGGCCUGAACUAAUCAUGAAAUCUGUAAUACCUGUUAUUAUGGCUGGUAUCAUAGGCAUUUAUGGACUUGUAGUGGCAAUGGUACUGAAAGGAAGAGUCAAAUCUGCAAGCGAAGGUUAUAACCUCAACCAGGGUUUUGCUCAUCUGGCUGCAGGCCUAACAUGCGGCUUGUGUGGAUUAGGAGCUGGAUAUGCUAUCGGAAUUGUGGGUGAUGCAGGUGUGCGAGGAACUGCUCAGCAACCGAGACUUUUUGUUGGCAUGAUUUUAAUACUUAUUUUCUCUGAAGUUCUUGGCUUAUAUGGCAUGAUCGUGGCGCUGAUUCUGGGUAGUUCAUCAUAA